AUGUCUUCUAAUAUCCCGAGACCAUUAGCUAUCUUCUACACGCAAACACAGUCCCAGAAAUACAUUAAACCGGUGCUGAAUCUAGAAGAUGCAUGGCGCAGUAUUGUAGAAAAGCUAGGCGAUGAGCAAGAUACAACUUUUAUUAGGACAACAUUCGACGUCGAUAUCAAUAUUCAGGAUUCUGCCAGUGAAGGAACCUCUCUCUUACUUUUGAAGCAGAAUCACUCAAGACAACAUUACAAGAUAGAAAUACCGAUCAGUCAACAUCUGCCACCUCACAGCCUACUCAUCAUUUUCGAAUUUUUGCUGAUUACGGGACUGAUUUUUUUCGGCUCAACACCGAGGAUCCAAACUAUUCAUAAGACAAUACGUAUGUCGAAGCAGAAGAAGCACUUUUCGUUAUUUCAGACAGAGGUUUUUGAGAAUUAUGACACAUGGGUGGAUACCUACACUAGCAACUUCCAAAGCGACGCGAGGACCCCAGAGAUUACUCCGCUCACGUUUUCCUCCAUGCAACAGAAGACGCUUCAUGGAAUAUCGCUGGAUACCUUCUGGCUUGGCCUACCGCGAUCACUCCUCACGUUGGCAGUGUUGACUAUUUGGCAGAAAAUGGAACAUAUUUGUUAA